AUGGAUUCCCUAUGUUUUAUAAAAAAUGAGGUAAAUUUAGGUGAUAGGAUUGCUGAACUUGAAGAAGGCCAUAUGAAAAAGCCUUCAAGUUUGUGUGCUGUUGCUGAGGGUCCCAGGAUGAGGUUGCUGUGGGCUUCAUUUCAGUGGCUCAAGGACGAGGUGGUAAAUAUCUCCGGCAACUAUGAUACAAUGCACUCGAAUGAUUUCUUGGCGGUCUUUAAUGAAAUCAUUCGGAAAUGCUGUCAGCCGCUAUGCAUUGCAUGGAUGGAAGAGGAGCUUUGCCUUGUUACCAGGAAACCUGACAUGGCACUUCUUUCUUCUGUCGUCAACAAGUUAAAUGGACGUGACAGUAUUUUGCGAAAUAUAAGAAAAUCGGGCAAGGAGGAUCUAUAUGCUGAAUUGAUAUUUGCUCUUAGAUUCGGUUCUGUCAGGCCAAAUGGCUACUACAAUCAUACCUUGUUUACCCACCAUGGAGUAUCCAUUUUAGAAGAUUUGGUAAUUACGUUAGCAGAUGGUAUUGCAAGCAUGUAUUUGGAUCUAAUUUCUGAUGACAGUAGCCUUUCAAAUGAAAUGAACAGCCUUGGUUUGAGUAGUAUUGCAAGCAUGUAUUUGGAGCUAAUUUCUGUUGACAGUAGCCUUUCAAAUGAAAUGAACAGCCUUGGUUUGAGUUUGUGCAGACUGUCCACCAGAGCACUUCAGAGAUUGCGUAAUGAGGUGGUGCUACACCAAUGGUUGCAUCAGAAUAUGGAGGCAGUUGUAUCUAUGUACGAAGACCACUUUGACCUUUGCACACUUCAAAUCCAACCCAUUGAGGAAUCCUGGAGCAAGGAUGAAAAUGUUAAUUGGUGGAAAAUGAUUUGUUUGAGGAGAUUUGGAUCUGUAUCAUCUUCAUUGCGUUUUGCUGUCAUCAGCCAUAUUUCAUUACCUGUUAAACGGACCAUGGAAUUACGGUACUUGACUGGGUGGAGGUAUUACUUCAGUCUAUUUCUUGAACUGACUGAUAUCACAAUGCCAUUUAUAAGGACGGUUAUUGCUAAAGUCAGUGAUGCCAUCUCUUUCUUCCUAGUUUGCUUAAUAGGACGGUCCUUGGGACUUAUCUACUCUGGAAUAAGGCAGUCCCUAAGAUGGAAAUAA